AUGAGAUUUGGACAAUUCAAGUCCAGCUCUACAUCCGCUCUUUCUCCCUCUAAGCAAACGCACACAUUCAUACACUUCCUCUCUCUAGAAGCUCUCGGUUUAGGGUUUUCGCAGGCGCCGCUUUAGGAUUUAUUCGAUCGCGGGGAGAAUUCUUUCGUCACUUGCUCUCGCUCCUCAGCUUCUUUCCCCAGGUGCCUAAUCAUGGUAAUUUGGUCUACAUGUUGAUAUUGGCAGAGAGAAUAUAUCUAUGGAUGUCACGGAGGUCCUUUUAAGUGCCCAAGUCGUUGAUUCAACAAUAAGGAAGCAUGCGGAAGAAACUUUAAAGCAGUUUCAGGAGCAAAAUUUUCCUGGUUUCUUGAUAUCCCUUUCCGGGGAGCUUGCUAAUGAGGAGAAGCCUGUUGAAAGCCGUAAACUAGCGGGUUUGAUUCUUAAAAAUCGUUUGGAUGCCAAGGAACAGCACAGAAAGUAUGAGCUUGUGCAAAGAUGGUUAUCACUAGAUGUUGCUGUGAAGAGCCAGAUCAAGGCAUGCUUGUUACAGACGCUUUCCUCUGCUUCACCUGAUGCUAGGUCAACUGCAUCACAAGUCAUUGCAAAGGUUGCAGGCAUUGAACUGCCACAGAAGCAGUGGCCGGAGCUCAUAGGUUCCCUCCUGUCUAACGUUCACCAGGUCCCACCUCAUGUUAAGCAAGCUACCCUUGAAACACUGGGUUACUUGUGUGAAGAAGUUGUUCCAGAAGUUGUUGACCAGGAUCAAGUGAAUAAGAUACUUACGGCUGUGGUUCAAGGCAUGAAUGCUAAUGAAGGUAAUAUAGAAGUUCGGCUUGCCGCCACCCGAGCCUUGUAUAAUGCCCUUGGAUUUGCCCAGGCUAACUUUUCCAAUGAUAUGGAGCGUGACUACAUAAUGAGAGUUGUUUGUGAGGCCACACUCUCACCAGAGGUUAAAAUUCGGCAGGCUGCAUUUGAGUGUUUGGUCUCAAUUGGCUCAACAUAUUAUGACAAAUUAGCUCCAUACAUUCAAGACAUUUUCAACAUCACAUCCAAAGCUGUCCGAGAAGAUGAGGAGCCGGUGGCUCUUCAGGCAAUUGAAUUUUGGAGCUCAAUAUGUGAUGAGGAGAUAGAUAUUUUAGAGGAGUAUGGAGGUGAUUUUACAGCAGAUUCUGAUGUUCCUUGCUAUUAUUUUAUCAAGCAGGCCCUACCUGCACUUGUUCCUAUGUUAUUGGAGACACUUCUUAAGCAAGAAGAAGAUCAGGAUCAAGAUGAAGGUGCUUGGAAUCUUGCAAUGGCUGGUGGAACUUGUCUUGGUUUGGUAGCGCGAACAGUUGGGGAUGAUAUUGUACCACUUGUAAUGCCAUUUAUUCAAGAAAAUAUAACAAAAUCUGAUUGGAGGCAGAGAGAAGCUGCCACUUAUGCAUUUGGUUCCAUAUUGGAAGGUCCUUCACCUGACAAAUUAACUCCUAUUGUCAAUGUUGCUCUAAGUUUCAUGCUCACUGCUUUGACUAAUGAUCCAAGCAGCCAUGUAAAGGACACAACAGCUUGGACCCUGGGAAGAAUAUUCGAAUUUCUUCAUGGGUCAACUGUGGAGACUCCCAUUAUUACACCCGCAAAUUGUCAACAGAUUAUCACUGUUCUCCUCCAGAGCAUGACAGAUGCUCCAAAUGUGGCCGAGAAAGCCUGUGGUGCUCUCUAUUUCCUAGCACAAGGUUACGAGGAUGUGGGCUCCACGUCGCCCUUGACGCCUUAUUUCCAACAAAUUGUGCAGUCCCUUAUUGAUGUCACUCGCAGAGAAGAUGCAGGGGAGUCACGGCUUAGAACAGCUGCCUAUGAGACCCUAAAUGAGGUAGUAAGGUCCUCUACUGAUGAAACCGCCCGCUUAGUGGUGGAGCUUGUUCAAGUCAUCAUGGCUGAGCUCCACAGCACUCUUGAGACACAGAAGCUUUCAUCUGAUGAGAGAGAGAAGCAGAAUGAAUUGCAAGGCCUUCUUUGCGGAUGCUUACAGGUUAUCAUCCAGAAAUUGGGGGCAUCGGAGCCCACUAAGUAUGCCUUCAUGCAGUAUGCAGAUCAGGUUAUGACUCUUUUCCUACGGGUUUUUGCAUGUAGAAGUGCGACCGUCCAUGAGGAAGCGAUGCUUGCCAUUGGUGCUCUUGCCUAUGUGGCAGGUCCUAGUUUUGCAAAGUACAUGCCGGACUUUUACAAGUAUCUGGAGAUGGGUCUUCAGAAUUUCGAGGAAUACCAAGUUUGUGCAGUAACUGUUGGGGUUGUGGGGGAUAUCUGCAGGGCAUUGGAGGAUAAGAUUCUGCCUUACUGUGAUGGAAUAAUGACCCUGCUUCUGAAAGACUUGUCAAGCAACCAGUUGCAUCGGUCUGUCAAACCUCCAAUCUUUUCAUGCUUUGGUGACAUAGCACUAGCUAUUGGAGAGAAUUUUGAGAAGUAUUUGAUGUAUGCUAUGCCCAUGCUGCAGAGUGCUGCGGAGUUGUCUGUGCACACAUCAGGUGCUGAUGAUGAAAUGAUAGAAUACACUAAUCUUUUAAGGAAUGGAAUAUUGGAAGCAUAUUCUGGGAUAUUUCAGGGCUUCAAGAACUCUCCUAAAACCCAACUCCUGAUUCCGUAUGCACCUCACAUCCUGCAAUUCCUGGAUAGCAUGUACAUGGAGAAAGAUAUGGAUGAUGUUGUGAUGAAAACUGCUAUAGGCGUCCUUGGAGAUCUAGCGGAUACCCUAGGAAGUAAUGCUGGUGCUCUUAUCCAGCAGUCUCUGUCAAGCAAAGACUUUUUAAAUGAAUGCUUGUCUUCAGAGGACCAUUUGAUCAAAGAAUCUGCUGAGUGGGCGAGGUUGGCCAUUAGUCGAGCCAUAUCUGUUUGAGGUGCAGUUGGUCCAGUCUGUGCAUAUUACUUUACCUGCAUGCAUAUGGUUGUGUCGGGUCAGGGUCCAGUUUGGACAUUAACUCAUGUCAUGUUCACAAACAAAAGAAGCCUUUUUACUUCUUUUGUACUAACUCAUGCAUCAGCAUCAUGGAGUUGGGUUCCUGUCUUUUGCCAUGGGGGGUUUGGGGACAUUUGCAGUGGCAGCUUCUUAGAAAUUUUCUGAAGGACUGAGAAAUUGAUGUGUCAUUUAUGGUGAGCGGGUGCUGAGUCGAAGGUGGUCAUUGAUGUGCUGAAUGGACAAAUCAUGCUGAAUGUGUGAUGCUUGGCUGGUGUUUUUUGACAAGGUGAGCCCCCAUGUCAUCCUGGUGUUGCCUGCUCGUCGGGUAGUAAUGCGGCCCGUACCAGUGCAACAAAUUCGGUUUCCACUAUACUUGAAGCCAGCCAACUCACCAGCUUUUAAUUUUCCUCAUAUUUAAAAUUUUCUUUGUUACUAUACAAUUUUUUUUUCUUUUUAAUAUAAUAUCCAGGUCGGUCUGUGUCAUGCAUUCAUCCAAACAUUCUAUAUUAUCAGAGUCGGGUUUUGCAUAUAAUCUCAUUCAUCACUUGAAUUAGCAUUCACAUGGGGUGCUGCCAUCCUAUUCUAGUUAGCUAGGACAUUUCAUUUGCACUUUCGGUUCUUCAGUUAUCAAAUAGGUGUUUCACAGGCCAUUUACAAUCCUGGAGAACUUGCUUGCUGCUCUUUCCUGCUGUAAAAGUAGAGGUUCCUUUUAUUUAUUUUUUCCCCUUCUCAAUCUUGCUUUUGAAAAUGUAAUCUAUUUUAUUUCAUAGCUCCAAGUGUGGAUGUCAUGAAAUUGCGAUGACAUAGAAAGGAUUGAGAAUGUGAUCGAAGGAUCUAAGGCAUUGUAUUCGUGGUCUUGCCUUGUAGUUUUCAUCUCUCAAGGGAUACAUAAUCUAUAGUUGUAUGGAUUUUUGUAUUUUGGUCUUGUAUCAUGUCUCUACUUUAUACCUUCCUAUUGUAAAGCUUGCUGAUUAGUGGUGGUGAUUGUGGCCCCAAUACACUCUGGUUGGGAGUGUGAAA